AUGAACAGGAAGAAAGGAGACAAAGGAUUUGAGAGCCCAAGACCAUAUAAAUUAACUCACCAGGUAGUUUGUAUCAACAACAUAAACUUUCAGAGAAAGUCUGUUGUAGGUUAUGUGGAACUGACAAUAUUUCCCACAGUUGCAAACCUGAAUAGAAUCAAACUGAACAGUAAACAGUGCCGGAUUUACAGAGUAAGAGUCAACGAUUUAGAAGCAGCUUUCAUCUACAACGAUCCAACCCUGGAGGUUUGUCACCACGAGUCAAAGCAGAGGAAUCUCAACUAUUUUUCCAAUGCCUAUGCUGCCGCAGUCAGUGCUGUGGAUCCAGAUGCUGGAAAUGGAGAACUCUGCAUUAAGGUUCCCUCAGAGCUGUGGAAACAUGUUGAUGAGUUAAAAGUCCUGAAGGUGCAUAUAAACUUUUCUCUGGAUCAGCCAAAAGGAGGCCUUCAUUUUGUGGUACCCAAUAUGGAAGGCAGCAUGGCAGAAAGAGGGGCUCAUGUCUUUUCAUGUGGUUAUCAAAAUUCUACACGAUUUUGGUUUCCUUGUGUUGAUUCAUAUUCGGAGUUAUGUACCUGGAAACUGGAGUACACUGUAGAUGCUGCAAUGGUGGCUGUUUCAAAUGGAGACUUGGUGGAAACUGUGUAUACCCACGAUAUGAGAAAGAAGACUUUUCAUUACAUGCUGACUAUUCCAACUGCAGCCUCUAACAUCUCCUUGGCAAUAGGACCUUUUGAAAUCCUUGUUGAUCCAUACAUGCAUGAAGUGACUCAUUUUUGCCUACCACAACUCCUCCCGUUGCUCAAACAUACCACGUCAUACCUUCAUGAGGUGUUUGAAUUUUAUGAAGAAAUUCUUACCUGCCGCUAUCCAUACUCCUGUUUCAAGACUGUUUUUAUAGAUGAAGCUUAUGUUGAAGUUGCUGCUUAUGCAUCCAUGAGUAUUUUCAGCACAAAUCUCCUACACAGCGCAAUGAUUAUAGAUGAAACGCCACUGACAAGGAGGUGCUUAGCACAGGCCCUGGCCCAGCAGUUUUUUGGAUGUUUUAUAUCCAGAAUGUCCUGGUCAGAUGAAUGGGUGCUAAAGGGAAUCUCUGGUUAUAUUUAUGGCCUUUGGAUGAAAAAAACCUUUGGUGUUAAUGAGUAUCGCCACUGGAUUAAACAGGAGUUAGAUCAAAUAGUGGCGUAUGAACUGAAGACUGGUGGAGUCUUACUGCAUCCAAUAUUCGGAGGAGGAAAAGAGAAAGACAACCCUGCAUCACAUUUACAUUUUUCUAUCAAACACCCUCAUACACUGUCCUGGGAAUAUUACACAAUGUUCCAGUGUAAGGCACAUCUUGUUAUGAGACUGAUUGAGAACAGGAUUAGCAUGGAGUUCAUGCUACAGGUUUUCAACAAGUUGUUGAGUCUGGCCAGCACUGCUUCGUCUCAGAAGUUCCAGUCACACAUGUGGAGUCAGAUGUUGGUUUCCACAUCUGGGUUUUUGAAAUCUAUCUCAAAUGUCUCUGGCAAAGACAUCCAACCUUUAAUAAAGCAGUGGGUGGAUCAGAGUGGAGUGGUAAAAUUUUAUGGUAGCUUUGCAUUUAAUAGAAAAAGAAAUGUAUUGGAACUGGAAAUAAAACAAGACUACACAUCUCCUGGGACUCAGAAAUAUGUGGGUCCUCUUAAAGUGACAGUGCAAGAACUUGAUGGAUCAUUCAACCAUACACUGCAGAUUGAAGAAAACAGUCUUAAACAUGAUAUACCUUGCCAUUCUAAAAGCAGAAGAAAUAAGAAGAAAAAGAUUCCACUGAUGAAUGGAGAAGAAGUGGACAUGGACCUUUCUGCUAUGGAUGCCGAUUCCCCUUUGCUGUGGAUAAGAAUAGACCCCGAUAUGUCAGUGCUGAGGAAAGUAGAAUUUGAACAGUCCGAUUUCAUGUGGCAGUAUCAGCUUCGAUACGAGAGAGACGUGGUUGCCCAGGAAGAAGCCAUUCUGGCACUGGAGAAGUUCCCCACCCCGGCCUCCCGGCUUGCACUGACAGAUAUACUGGAGCAGGAGCAGUGUUUCUACCGGGUGAGGAUGCUGGCCUGCUUCUGCCUUGCAAAGAUUGCAAAUUCCAUGGUAAGUACGUGGACAGGACCACCAGCCAUGAAGUCACUCUUUACCCGAAUGUUUUGUUGUAAGACUUGUCCAAACAUUGUGAAGACCAACAACUUCAUGAACUUUCAAAGCUACUUUCUGCAGAAGACUAUGCCUGUUGCCAUGGCCCUUCUGAGAGAUGUUCACAACCUCUGUCCUAAGGAGGUUUUAAUGUUUAUUUUGGAUUUGAUCAAGUAUAAUGAUAACAGGAAGAAUAAGUUUUCAGACAACUACUAUCGUGCUGAGCUGAUUGAUGCCCUAGCCAACUCUGUAACUCCUGCAGUCAGUGUCAACAAUGAAGUUCGAACGUUGGAUAAUUUGAAUCCUGAUGUUCGACUUAUUCUUGAGGAAAUUACCCGUUUCCUAAAUAUGGAGAAACUUCUUCCCAGUUACAGGCAUACCAUUACAGUCAGCUGUUUAAAAGCUAUUCGAGUGCUUCAGAAGAAUGGUCAUGUCCCAAGUGAUCCUUCUCUCUUCAAGUCUUAUGCAGAAUAUGGACACUUCGUGGACGUUCGAAUAGCAGCAUUGGAAGCUGUGGUUGAUUACACAAAAGUUGAUAGGAGCUAUGAAGAACUACAGUGGCUUCUUACUAUGGUCCAGAAUGAUCCUGUACCCUACAUAAGACAUAAGAUUCUGGAUAUGCUGACUAAGAAUCCACCAUUUACCAAGAACAUGGAGUCCCCUUUAUGUAACGAAGCUUUGGUGGAUCAGCUUUGGAAACUGAUGAAUUCAGGAACUUCACAUGACUGGAGAUUACGAUGUGGUGCAGUGGACCUCUAUUUCACACUUUUUGGCCUCAGCAGACCUUCUUGCUUACCAUUACCAGAGCUUGGACUUGUCCUUAAUCUCAAAGAAAAGAAGGCUGUACUUAAUCCCACGAUUAUCCCUGAAUCAGUUGCAAAUAAUCAGGAACCUGUGAAUAUUGCUAACAACCACGGCCAGUCAGUAGGAUUUCAGAACACAGAGGAUGAUCAUCUUAUUAAGGAAACAGCAUCCAGCAUUUCUGGUCAUCAUCAGGGGGUGAAGAGGAAGGCUGAUAUGCCACUCGGGUCUCCAUUGGAGCCAGGGCAAAUACUAGAGAAGAAUGAAGACAGUAAAGUCAAACUCAAAAUCAGAUUCUCAAACUCUCAAGAAGAGGAGGAGAUUGAUAUGGACACAGUUCACGACAGUCAAGCCUUUAUUUACCAUCAUUUGAAUAUGUUGGAAAGACCAUCCACACCAG